AUGGAGAAUAUUUUAAGGCAGUACACCAACGCCUACCAUGAACGAAUUCGCUACCCAAACCCAUUUAACGAUGCGGACUUCGAAACCGAUGAUUUCGAGUCGAAUGAGUUCCGAAUGUACAGCUUCAAGAUCAAGAAAUGUCCUCUAAACCGUGCACAUGACUGGACAAUUUGCCCCUAUGCGCACCAAGGAGAGCGAGCUCGAAGGAGAGACCCACGCAAAGUGCCUUAUGCAGCUGUCUCCUGCCCAGACUAUAAGGCAUCAUCAAGUGGAAAGUGUCCGAGGGGUGAGCUUUGUGAGUUCUCCCACGGCGUAUUUGAGUACUGGCUCCACCCAACUAAGUAUCGAACACGAGUAUGCAAUGCAGGUGACUGCUGCACACGUUCAGUCUGCUUCUUUGCUCACUCACCCCAAGAGCUCCGAGUGGAGCCUAUGGCCUAUAUCCCCAACUGGUUUCGACUCGCACUCCGUGCUAAAACUGAGGCUGAGACAAGUAACACACUGUCGUCCACCAGUACUAGUGCUACUCGCACUAGUAUUGCGAGUAGCAGUACUAAUCGUGGGCGAGAGUUGGGCGUGAUUGGACGUCCUAAGACGUCCAACACGCCCACAUCCGCAUUAUGGGAACUUGGUAGUAGUAGUACUACAAGUAGUGUGGUAGAAAUGGUUAGACCUACUCAAGAAUUGAAGUUGGAUUUUUUGGAGAGUCUAAGGAUGAUGAGGAUUAGUGAAUACUACUACAACAAUCAAAGUAAUAACGUUAAUAAUGCAACAAAUGUGAAGUCGGAUGUGCCUAAUUUUGAUUGGGUUACAGAUUUGCUAGCUGGUUGA